CAAUGAUGUUAAUUGAGGCCCAAUACCAUUUUUGAUCCAUAAAUUUAACUCCUAAUUCCAUACCUCGUAUUCUUCGUUCAUUCUCUCGAAAAUUCAUAACGAUCGUUUUUUCCACCUUCGCGAAACAUCCAUUGAUUACUCAAGCUCUUAUCUUUCUGGUUGAAUUUUACCUAUAAGGUGAAAUAUGUAUAAGAGGUUGAAGAAGCUUUAGUUCUUGUAAAAAGAAAAGAAAGAAAAGAAUAAUAAAAAGAAGAAUUUGGUAAUUGAAGAGUCGAUUCGAGAUGAUGGCAGGUCAAUUGGCUGCAGCAAUGACAACCAUUUCUUCUAUUCCUUCUCUAUGGAAUAAAGAUUUGAUUCCAGAAAGACGAGUUACAUUCUACAGGAAAAAUAAUUUUGUCGUCACAGCUCUUGCAGGAAGUUCUCUGGGAAAGUCAGCUACACGGCUCACGGCUGUUUCAUCCUCACCAUUUACUGAUAACCAUGGUCACCUCUCACUCAGUGUUCCUAUGUCUCGAAGAAGCAAUUCUAGUAUCCGACCACAAGCAUACAUAUAUCAUUGGUCUGGCUUUCGAAUCCCUGCAAAUGCCGAGAAGCCUGAAUGGUGGUGGAGGACUUUAUCUUGUAUACCCUAUCUAAUAGCUUUGCAGAUGUCUGCAACUGGGUUUUAUCUAGAACCUUUACUUGAAAAAUUCCGAUUAUUUGAAAAUGUGAUCUUUUAUAUCCCAGGAGCCGUCAACCGAUUGCCAACAUGGUUCCCUAUAUUAUACUGCUAUUUGGCUAUUGUGGUCGUGGUAAAAAAUAGGGACUUCCCACUUAUCUUCAGAUUCCAUGUAAUGAUGGGAAUGCUAAUGGAAAUCGCUCUACAGAUAGUAUGGGUUGCAAGCAAUUUCAUGCCACUUAUACACUUCAAAGGGACACUUGGGAUGUAUUAUUGGGCUGGUGUCGCAUUGGCGUAUAUUCUCAUAACCAUGCAUUGCAUCAGGUGUGCUCUUCUUGGCACGUUUUCGAACAUCCCUGUUAUCAGUGAAUCGGCUUUCCUUCAUUCUCUAUUUAGUUUAGGAGGGUUCCAGCGGCCAUUUUAGGAAGUGGUUGAUCGAGAGCACAUUUGUAAUCUAUAUGUGGUUUUGCAGUGAAAGGAAGGUUUGUCUUUGUUGUUUGUAGACUGUAGUUGACAUUUUAUCAUCACAUUAUAUAAAGAGAUAAGGAUGUCGAAAUUUGAUUACAGGUUCUAGUAA